AAUACGAACGCGAUUCUCUAUUCCGUUGUUCAACGUUCUCUUGUUCUUGUUCUAUUUAAACUGGUCUCUUCCCUCUAUAUUCUCCAUUCUCUGUUCUGUGAUCUUCAAUCUUCAUCUUUCUCUCUCGCUUUCGCUUUCGCUUUCGCUCACCACAUACAGUACCUACAAAGCUCGAGUUGCAAUGGAAAACGGGCAAGUUUCAAACCCAAAAUAUGAUUGUCUUUUAUUUGAUCUCGAUGAUACCCUUUAUCCCUUGAGUUCUGGAAUAUCAGCGCAGAUAGCAAAAAAUAUUCAAGAGUACAUGCUUCAAAAACUUGGGGUAGAGCCUGCUAAAGUUUCCGAAUUGAACUUUUCAUUAUACAAGACCUAUGGGACAACAAUGGCUGGUCUAAGGGCAAUUGGUUAUGACAUUGACUAUGAUGACUUUCAUAGUUCUGUUCAUGGGAGGUUGCCGUAUAAAAGUCUACUGAAGCCGGAUCAUGUUCUCAGGGGCAUUUUGCUAAGCCUUCCUGUUAGAAAAAUUAUUUUUACCAAUGCAGACACUGCUCAUGCAGUGAGAGCGCUUCGAAGCCUUGGACUGGAGGACUGCUUUGAAAGAAUUAUAAGCUUUGACACUCUGAAUUCCUUCAACAACAUCACUCCGAAUGAUGGCAAAGAUUGCAGUGAAAUGAAACCAGUCACUGCAGAAAUUUUUGAUUUUUGCGAGUACACGAGAGGGACUGAUUAUGAUAAGGUGCUUCCUAGGACACCAGUUGUCUGUAAACCCUUUGAAGAUGCAUUUGAAAAGGCUUUCCAGUUGGCUGACAUUGACCCUCAGAGAACAUUGUUCUUUGAGGACAGUAUCCGCAAUUUACAGACAGCCAAGCGCUUGGGCCUCCACACAGUCGCGGUGGGUACAUCUGUUCGUAGUACUGGAGUGGAUCAUGCAUUAGAGAGUAUCCAUAAUAUCAGGGAGGCAUUUCCAGAGCUAUGGGAGGUUGAUGAGAAGCGUGAAAUUGUCAAGUAUAAAGUUGCAGUUGAAACAACAGUGGAAGCAUAGCUUAGAGGUUUAACCCUUCAGAAUUGUUGUUGGUGUUUUGUAUUGUGUUGGCACCUAAUUAAUGUAAUUGUUAUUUAAAUUUGAUAUGUUUAGAUAAGAAUCUUAAUUUAAUUUUGUUUUUCUCAAAAAUAACAAUGUACCAUAGCUUGAAAGCAAUUCAAGAUCUGUAUUCAUCUUUAGUUGUUAAUAAUUCAAAGUGCGGUUAAAUUUCCUCA